GUUGGUUUCUGCUCUUUGUUUCCUCUUUGUGGAGCAAGUAGAACUUUGUUGUGCCUGUAAUCAGAGCAGGGCCAGGGGAUCGUCAGUAACUUCACUCCCAACAGGAUCCGCCUUCACUUCUGCCAAACCUGUUCCACCUCUGUUCCCCUGGUUCGACAACAAAGCAAAAACAUGAACAUGUUCAGAAGAGACAAAGGCCUUCAAGCCACAACUCCAGUGGUGCCACCAAGACCCUCCAAAGAGUACUUGCAGGAACUUGAUAAUCCCAUCACACACAGUCUGCAGAGGAAGGAGGCUGGGAUGGGCUCACAGGACAACAACGAUGCAGUGACAAAUGAAGUUAACACAAAGACAAAGAGGACUGGUGUGAUGGGAGUUAUCCAACAUGUCAAUCCCUUCAAGUCAACAUCACAGGGAGCGCACACAGUUGGCAGCACUUCUUCUUCUUCAGAGUCACUGGAACAGAGAACAGAGAGCACCCAGAACCCUGGUGGUAUUAAAGGGGUCAUGCAAAAGGUCAACCCGUUUAAGUCCAGCUCACAGGUAUCUACAGCGCCAUCUUCAGAGUCAGUGGAGCAGACCCGAGCUUCAGACUCUAGUCAGAAUCCUGGGAAGUUGAAAGGAGUCAUGCAGAAGGUCAACCCCUUCAGUUCAACCACUCAGACGCCAAAGAGCGACCCACAAGAUGAUGGUACAGAACCAGAUGGUGGGAAUCUGACGCCCUCCAAACAGAAUCCUGGGAUAAUGAUUGGAAUGAUGCAGAAAGUGAAUCCAUUCAAAUCCUCGCAGCCAAAGGCUCCAGUGGACACACCGUCUGUACACAGUCACCUUUCCUGCAGCAGUGGGAGUUUAGACAACAACAACCAGCCGGUGAAACAGAACCCUGGUGUGUUCAAGGGCAUGAUCCAGAAAGUCAACCCCUUCAAGUCUCACACACAGGUGAACAUAGAAGAAUGCCAGACUGACUCUUCAUAUAGGACCCAGUUGGUUGAUAGCGACAACUCCUCCAGCUCUGAGAGCUUGGACGACAGCACCAUUGAGCAUCACUCUACCUGGUAUGUUGACUCUAACAUGACCUCUGGCCUGAAGACUGCACCAGUGGAGGCGCCAAAGAAACGAACCAUGACCUUUAGAAUAAAGAGGAUUUUGCCCAGUGCUCUGUUUGGAUCUGGAACAAAAGACUCUGCAGCAUCAUCACUACCUCAGGAAGCGGUUGAAGUUCGAACCCUAGAACUCGCUGAAGUACCAGUGCCUGGUGAAGAAACAGUCAAGGAUCCCCUGGAUGAUGAAGAAGGUCUUUUGUCCUGGUGGAGAACUGUUGAAGGAUGGGCAGAGUGGAACGCAGCCAACAAGGAUGAUGAGCCUGAAGAAGUGGUGGAAGAAGCCGCUGACCGUGUCUUCAUGGCCGCUCGUCUCUUUGUCCGUUUCUUCAACCAACGCGGUGCCUCCCUUCAGCAGCGUAUCCUAGAGCUCCUGUCCUUGGCUGACAUGGCAGACAGUUUUCACAAGAAAACCGUGACUGCCAGUGUCGGGGGUGGAGUGGCCAGCGUGGCCGGCUCUAUCACCACCAUCACCGGCCUCAUCCUGGCUCCCUUUACGGCAGGGACUUCCCUCAUAGUCAUGGCUGUGGGAAUUGGUGUAGCCACAGCGGGCGGGCUGACAUCAGCCUCUGCUAACAUCACAGACACAGUUCACUCAAAAACCGACCGCCGUAAGGUGGAGAAGAUGAUAAAGGACUACGAGGAGGAGAUGAAGGACAUCAAGGAGUGCCUGGAGUUUUUGCAGGAAGGUAUGGAGACACUAGAGGAAUGGGAUUUUGAAAAGUAUGCUGAAAGCAUCUCAAAGAAGCACCUGAACCAGAACGUCAAACACGUCAUGAAGGAAGGCGGCAGGGCUGGGAAGUCUUUAGUGAUCAACACCGAGAGCUUGAUCAGCACUGUGCAAGUUCUCAGUGUUGCUGGUGGCGCAGCCAAAGCAGCACAGGUGAUGAGUGUCACCACGGGGGUAAUGUCGGGACUCUUCUUGGCUCUGGAUGUCUUCUUCCUGGCCAAGGACUCCAUGGAGCUGAGGAAGGGGGCCAAGACCGACUUUGCAGCCAAAAUCAGGGAAGUUUGCAAGGACCUUCAGGACGGGCUGCUCCAGCUGAACAGCAUCAAGGAACAGCUACAGAAAACCAUGGAUGGGAUUGAGGUGGAAGUAGAAGAGGAGGAUGAAGAGCAGCUGAAGUCUGAUCUCAAGAAACUGGUAGAGCUUGAAGAAUAAAGUUGCAGGGGGCUGACUAAGUGGGACUGUAGGAGAAAUUGAGAUGACUUCAACACUAAAUGUUGUUGAUUAGUAUUUCACAUUUCCACUACCUGCACCAAAUCUGAAUGAUUUUACCCCCCACUACAGAGAUGUUGCUGAUCUGCUGCUGCGUCUGUCGCCAAGUUGAAAUGAGGUUAUUAAUAACUCUGAAGUUUUAACAUCCUCAUUGGCCUUAACGUGACAGACUCAAAACACCAACACUUUUAAUGAUACUCUAGAACUGAAGAGUGAGACAUUUACAAACUGAAGUCCUAACCCCAGAGAGGUCUAACUGUGAUUGAAAGCAGCAAAUUCAGUAAUUCAAUUAAAAGACUAUGAAUACAAUAAACAUCUCCUACUUAAUCAGAACACGU